AUGCACGUAAUUGGUCUCACGGGCUCAAUUGCGACGGGCAAGUCUACUUGUUCAACUACGCUCUCCUCCCCUCCCUACUCAUUACCCUUGAUCGACGCAGACCUCCUCGCACGCAAGGCCGUCGAACCAGGCACGUGGGGAUACAGUCGCAUAGUAUCGACCUUUGGUCCCACGACCCCAGACCUUCUCCUUCCACCGUCGGAUCCUCAAUGCGCCGGCAAGGAAAACGGACCGAACGGCAAUGGCAGACCAUUGAACAGACCCGCGUUGGGAAGAAGGGUCUUUGGAAACAGUGAAGAGAGAAUAAGAGAUAGGAAGAAACUUAAUGCCAUUGUCCAUCCUGCCGUGCGAUUCUACAUGGCUCGAGCAAUGCUGUACUACUAUCUUCACGGACAUUGGGCAGUUGUCUUGGACAUCCCCCUUCUCUUUGAAUCUGGGUUGGACAUCUUCUGCAGCACCGUCAUCGUGGUCGCCGUUUCAGAUCCAAAGAUUCAGCUGGAACGUCUUCGGGCUCGCGAUCCACAUUUGUCUCCCGAAGAUGUAGAGAAUCGGGUCAAGAGUCAAGUCGAUGUUCGUGAAAAGGCCGUGAGAUGUGAGUAUAGGAAUAAUGGCAAGAAAGAUGCAGGUAGAGGUUAUGUCCUCUACAAUGAUGGGAGCAAGGAAGACUUGAAGCUUCAAAUCGCAGACGUCAUGCAGAAGAUCAAAUCAAGGAGCUCGAGAUGGUGGGAUUUGUUACUGCUGGUCUUUCCUCCUCUCAUGGCGACCGUUGCUUCCUGGGAGGUUUUCUGGAACUGGUACUUGCGACGGAAGAUCAUUAAAGAAAGAGGAGAAGAAUUGGCCAAGACGAAAAUCUGA